AUGCACUCGGGUAUUCCGUUUCUGCUCUUGUCCGGGGUCAAUCUACUCCUGGCUUCCGUUCAGGUUUGUGACAACAAUCAUCUGUACAAUAUCACGGAUGUGGGUAUAGUAACGUCUCCAUCGUUUCCUGAAUUGUAUCCAAAUGGCAAAGACUGUUACCAAGUUUUGUCAGCAGAGAACGAGGAUGAUGUUAUCCAACUCAUCUUCUACAUGUUUGACACCGAGAAGGAUGCUGACUAUGUUUAUUUGUACGAGGGUGAAGGAGCGAACAAAACGCUUAUUGCCAGGUAAACGGUGUUUACUGUAACUUUGGAACGGUAUUUAAAUCAUGUUUAAAUUUUUUUGUUUGCUGAAUUCUAAAAAUUGUUUUUCUUGCGAGUAAUGUGCUAUUUGACAAAGAUAACGUAUUUUUAGAUUAAAUAUUUUUGCUUAUUCUUACUGUAAAUCAUACGGUACUUUCUUUGAAUUGAAAAACUUGGUUUAAAAAUAUGUUUUUACUUAAUUUUUGGUAAUAAAAAUUUAUUUUUUAAAAAUAUUUCUUGUAUGUGUCAAGUAUAACAAUGGUUUUCCUGUAGGUUGACCGGAGACAGCGAGACCUGUGAAGUGUAUCGAACAAAUUACACUAACACAAUGACAAUCAGGUUCAAAUCGGAUCUAGAUAACAAUUUUGACGGGUUCUAUGCUGAGUACAGGCCUGUCCCGAGUAAGUGUUUCAUGACGCAGAUGUAAGAUACUUAACGUUGUUUGUUUAGUGACACGGAAAAGGGUUAAGGUGCUUAGAGUGACAUACUAAUACUGCUAAGGUUUCAAAAGAACAGAAAGUAUGGUUUUUGGUAUUUUUAAAUUUUGGUGAAUUUAGAUAAAUAUUAAGAAAUCCAAGUUAAUAUUUCGUUUUUAGAAGAUAUACUUGUCCCAGUUCUUGAUGACGCUCCUAUACAAACGAAGGAAUACAAUGAGACUUCUGGUGUCUUAAUAACUCCAAAAUGGCCAGAUUUAUAUCCGAACUCGGCGUGUUGGCUCUACCACUUCAACUUUCCUUACAACUCAAUUACUUUUAAAUUCAAUACGUUUUCGACAGAGCCGAACGCUGACUUUUUGUAUAUAUACCACGAAAAUGAAACGGAUGCUACACUAAUAGAAAAGUAAGUUGUGUUAGGCAUAGUUGGCUACAUUAAAGUUUGUUUAAAGUUGAAAUCUUAAUUUUAAUCUUUACACUGCUUCUUCUCCUUUUGUAUUACACUUAUUAUUACCGUAUAUCAUUUCAAAUUCAAAAUCAUUUUAAUCAAAAUGUAUGCAAAUUUUGCAGAAAAACGGGUUUCUUUGAUAAGACCACGACCUUGGCCUACACUGACCAAAAUAUUUUACUCAAGUUUACUUCCGACUUAGAUGGGCAAUCUAUGGGGUUCAGUAUAACAUACAAAACGACGUGA